AUGACAUCUCAAAAACGUGAAGAAACAGGGUCUAUGAAGAAAAUUAUCUUAGUGGACGUUAAUGAAAUUGUAGUUAAAUUAUGGAAGACAUAUAUACCACAAGCAGUACCGAAAUAUAGCAAUACAUUAUGCAUACAUCAUGGUAAACUGGAAAGUUUGAUGUCUUCUAUGAAAAAAAGCAAUACCAAUCAUCCUGGUGCAUCGUAUGCUGUUGUAUCUCCAGGAAACUCAUUCGGUUAUUUAGGGGGAGGAUUUGACCUUGCAUUAUAUAAUUAUUUUGGAGGAAAACCUUUUGAAUCAUGGUUCAGAAAACAACUUGGGAACAGAUACCAUGCAAUUGGAUCAGCUACUGUUGUUGAUUUGAAAUUAUGUGAUGAGGAAGCUACAAUCAGACAAAGAGAUGGUAUACGAUAUAUAAUACAUUGCCCUACAGUGGUUGCACCGGUUCGUCCAAUUUAUGAUCAAAAGAAUCCAGUAAGGACAGGUAUUGAGCCCGUAUUCAAUGCAAUGUGGAAUGCCUUGAUGCAUUCACCUCCUGACAUAGAUGGACUAAUUAUCCCUGGGCUAUGUACAGGUUAUGCCGGCGUUCCUUCCUACAUAAGUUGUAAAAGUAUGGCAUUUGCUCUCAGAUUGUAUAUGUGCCAAGAUACGAUAUCAGUUGAAUUGAGGAACAUAUUGACUAUGUUUUUCUUGGGAUAUCCAUACAAACCCUUUUAUCUGGAUAUAUGUAAAGAAGAAUGUGAGAAUUUGGGGUUAGCUUUCGAGAAACUGAAGGAGUAUAACGUCAUGACAGAUUCUUUAGAGGUAAUCCUCCCUAGCAAUUUAGAUCAAUUGAAAUUUAGACACUUAUAG